GCGCGUUGCCGAAUCGCACGGCCGCCAUUGCUGAUGUAAUAAGCGAUGCCCGAGACGUGUUGGAAAUUAUUCAACUAAUUUAAUUCAUUAAUAAAAUAUAAUUUGAAUAAUAUAAUUCAUUAUUUAAUAAGGAAAUUGCGUGUUGUGAAAUGCAAAUCGACAGUAAACUGAGCACGUCCCAUUUGGUGUUGAAACUUUUUUCAUUUCGUAAGCGAAAAGUUUAUUAACAAAUAAAACUUUUUCAGUGCAGUUGCAUUUAAAUUGUUGUGACCUGUGGUCAACAGCGUGCUUUGCAAAGUGGGAACCGAUGAGUUGAGUCUGAAUAGAAUCAUCACUAAGUAGAUUGCGUGAUUGUGACUACGACUGCCGGGCGACAAUAUCGUCGGCAUGGAGUCGCGCGCGCGCGGUGCCACUUACACUAUCGACAGCAUCCUCGGGUACCGGCACCCCCAUGCAGAUCACAUCGAACUGAAGAGCGAAAGCGGUGUGCAAUCCGACUCGGAGCAUGAGCCCGAGCAAAGCGAGCCCGGCGAGUCCGGUGAGCCCGGCGAACACGACGAGCCGCGCGCCGAUCACGCGCCCGACGCCAGCGAGAUCGGCGAGCCCAUGGAUGCCGGCAGACCACGCAAGGUGCGCCGCAGCCGCACUACAUUCACGACGUACCAACUGCACGAGCUGGAACGAGCCUUCGACAAGACGCAGUACCCCGACGUGUUCACACGGGAGGAGCUCGCGCUGCGUCUGGACCUCAGCGAGGCGAGAGUGCAGGUGUGGUUCCAGAACCGGCGCGCGAAGUGGCGCAAGCGCGAGAAGGCCCUCGGCCGCGACCACCAGCCCUUCCUGCACCACGAACACGUGGUGGGCGAAUGGGCGCCGGGAGCCAGCGCAGUGGGCGCGGUGGGCGCGGUGGGCGGCGAGUGGUGGGCGCUGGGACUGGGCGCGGGUUUGGGACUGGGCGUGGCGCCACUUUGGCCGCACGACGAGCCCGCCGCCGCAUUCAGAGCGCUGCUGCACAGAUACGUGCUGGCGAUGCCGCCUCCCGCGCUGCGGCCGCCGGAGCCCGAGGCGCCCGCGUCGCCGCCGUCGCCGCCCUCGCCCGCGGCGCGCGCGCACGAGGAGGCGCUGCGCGUGCACGACGCGCUUCACCACAACGGCAAGGUCCACACUGGGGCCUUAUCAGUGGCGACGAAGUCGCUGCUGAGGAGGCUGCAGGACGACCACCAGUACAUGACGGUGGCUUGCGCUGCCGCAUGCGUCCUCGCUGGUACUCCGCCGUGGAACCUUGAAGCAGAGGUCCUGGCGGAGGUGCUGACCGGGCACGGCCACUUCGGUCACUACCUACACAAGUUAGCGAGGAGGGAACCGUCCCCGUCGUGCCACGAGUGCGGCGCUUCGGAUGAUACCGCGCAGCACACCCUAGAGAUAAUGAACUUAACUCUUACAGCCGACCUCGGUGGUCCGACGUCGUGGUGGUUUGCACUGCGGGCACUGGACGAGAAGGUCCCGACUUCAAUUCUCGCUGGGAACAAUUCGAGAAAUGAAAUUUCCUAA